CUCAGAUUCAUUCAAAUGUCAACAUGGACGUUGUCAUAAACGCGUUUUAUUUUGUACUAGUCAACAAGUCACUUUAAUAAAUCAAUAGUGAGAGAUACUCUCAUUUUUAUUUUAAAUAUAAUGUAAUCUAUUUACGUUAAUUGUUUAAAAAAAAAAAAUACAAUCAGUUGUUGCCAGAAUUUCUUUUUUUUUUUUUUUUAAUUCAAGGAAAUAAUUAUUUUGUAAGCAACAUGACGUCUGACAAAGUUCUGUAUAAACUCGAUCACCCUCAUGGACCUGGCAGUGUAUUUAUUUCAUGGAGACCCGGUAAUAGUACACAUCUUGCUACAACUGGUUGCGAUGGAGUUUUAUCAAUUUAUGAUAGACAGGGAGAGAUACAAGAACGGGUACAAUUAAUGGGAAUAUCUUGUGGAUUCGGGUGGGAUUAUGAUGGAGAUAUUUUGGCUGUUAUAACAAACAAUUCGCCGACAAUUAUUUUGUGGGAUGCUACGACUAGCAAAAAGUCUCAAAUAGAUGCUGGUGUACGAGAUACAUUGACGUGUAUGAUGUGGGCAAAACACGCUUGUAUUCUGGCUGUAGGAACGCAAAAAGGAAAUCUUAUUUUAUAUGAUCAUUCUAAUGCUAGACGGAUUCCUGUCUUAGGAAAGCACAAAAAAAAAAUAAUAUGUGGAGCAUGGUCUUCAGAUGGUAUAUUAGGACUAGCUGGUGAGGACAGAGUUCUAACAAUAAGUACAGCUGAUGGUGAUACACGUCGUGAAAUUCAGCUGCAAGGUGACCCCCAGGAUUUACAAUUUGGUGAAAUGAAAACCGAUAAUCGCAAUAAUGGGGAAAACACAAUAUCAUUAAUUGUUGGAAAAAUAACAUUAUUGAUUUACAAUAUACGCGAUCCAGACAAUCCAAUAGAAUUAGCAUUUCAAAAAAGAUACGGCCCAAUUGUUACAUACAAAUGGUACGGAGAUGGUUAUAUACUAUUAGGUUUCGAAGCUGGGUACUUGAUAUCAAUAUCAACUCACAUUAAAGAAGUUGGACAAGAAUUAUUACAAAUUAAAAAUCAUCGCGAUUCAUUGAAUGGUAUAUCGUUGAGUUUGACAGCUAAAAAAGUUGUGACAUGCGGUGACAACACAUUGAAAAUUCAUAGCAUACUAAGUCUAGAAGAAACUGAAAAAAUAAUAACAGUAAGUGGAGAAGCUGCCGUAAAUAGCGUCGAGUGGUCAGCAGACGGUACUAUGAUUGCUGCUGUAACUCACAGCGGUAAUGUAUUAAUUUAUCUUGCUCAAAUACCCAAACUGACAAGUGUCUGUGGCAAUAGAAUAGCAUUGCUAGCAAGUUUGACAGAAGUUAUUGUCUACCUUUAUACAUUAGACAAUGAAAAACCAGAACCGCAAACAAUAAACACAAUUAUUGAACCAUCAAUAUUAUCUGUGGGUCCAAUGCACGUUGCGGUGGCUGUUAAUAACCGCGGACUUUAUUGGAAUUUAUCAGCUGGCAAAACUGAUCGUCCGAUUCAUAUUGAAAGAGAUUAUUUAGCGACUGUAGAAAGUAUUUGUCUAAAUGAAAUUUAUACAUCAGUAUUAUUUGAUGGCAAAAUCCAAUUACAUUCCAUUAAAACAGAUCCAAACUUAAUAAAAGAAGAAAGAGAUUCAAAAGUAUUCGCUGAUCAUAAUUCAUCUGAUGGUAAAAUAACUUGUCAUGCUCUUUCAUCUGAUUUUUUAAUCUACGGUACAGAUAUGGGACGUAUUGUAUAUUUUUAUCUUGAUGUAUUUAAUAAUUCAUCAGAAUAUUCUCAUAAUAGCGGAAUAAAAAAUAUAUACAUGGAUGUUAAUGGUACAAAUAUAUGUUUUAUUGAUGAUAAAAAUGAUAUUUAUUUAUAUAAUCCAGUUGAUGAAAAAAUAAUAACUGUACAAGAUUGUCCAGAUUCUGCAGAAGGUAUUAUUUGGGAUCAAAAUAUAUAUGAAAGCUCAAUAUUUGCUGUUUACAAUAAAUAUAUUAUUACAACAUAUAUAUUUGUUAAAUAUAGUAUUGAAGGAAGUAAAGUUGUUAAAAUAACAACAACAAAGUUACCGUCUGAAACAAUACCGCUUUUGAUGUAUGGGGGUGAAGUAACGUUGGGUGUUGCGGGUGGUAAAUUAUUAAAAAUAACUUUAUCGUCACAUGAGGAUGUUGGUAAUAUUGUUGAGAAUAAAAAAAUAAUUGAAAUUCUUGAUAAUCAAAUAAAUUGUCAUCGAUACCAGCAAGCCUGGAAUACAUGCGCUAUUUUAAAUGAAAAAAAUUAUUGGAUAAAAUUAGGAAAAAAUGCAUUAGAAAAUUUGGAUAUUGAAAUGGGUAUAAGAGCUUACAGUAAAAUACCAGAUGUAUCAAUGGUUUGGGCAUUACAAAAGCUUGAAAAUGUUGAAGAAUUGCCAUUACUUUGUGGGCAUAUUUGUGUCUUAUUAGAAAAUUACGAUAAAGCUGAAAAAUUUUUUAUCGAAUCAUCAGAACCUGUUGAGGCCUUGUAUUUACGACGUGAUUUAAUGGAAUGGGAACAAGCAUUAAAUUUAGCUAAAAAAUAUAAACCUCAAGAAAUACCAUUUAUAUCACAAGAAUAUGCGCAACAAUUAGAAUUGACUGGUAAUUAUCCAAAGGCUCUUAUUAAUUAUGAACGCGGAUUAUCGGAUGUUAAUGAAGCAGCAGUACCAGCUGAUCAAUAUUACAAUCAUCGAAUUCAAUGCUUAAGUGGAAUCGCUCGAACUUCAAUAAGAUGUGGAGACAGUCGUCGAGGUGUAGGCAUUGCUAUGGAAAAUGAUACUCCGCGUUCAGUGAGAAAAGAAUGCGCUGAAAUAUUAGAAAGUAUGAAACAAUUCAAUGAAGCUGCUAUUCUUUAUGAAAAAGCUGAUUACUUUGAUAAAGCAGCUUUGGCUUAUAUUAAAUUAAAAAAUUGGGUAAAAGUUGGACAACUAUUACCGAAAAUAUCAGCACCAAAGAUAAAUAUCCAGUAUGCUAAAGCUAAAGAGGCUGAAGGAAAGUAUGAUGAUGCUGCAAAAGCUUACGAAAUAGCUAAAGAUUAUGAUAAUAUUAUUAGAAUUAAUUUGGAAUAUCUAAAUAAUCCCGGUCGUAGUGUCGAAAUAGUUCAGCAAACUAAAAGUAUUGAAGGGGCUAAAAUGGUGGCACGUUAUUUUCAAAGAAUGAAUGAUUACAAUUCGGCAAUUAAAUUUUUAAUAAUGUCUAAUUGUCAUGAUGAAGCUUUUCAGUUGGCUAACCAACAUGGUAAAAUGGAAUUAUAUGGUGAUAUUUUAGUUAAUACAUUAGAUGAUGAUAAUAUAAGAUUAGAAGACUUCAAAAGUCUUGCUAUACAUUUUGAAUCACAAAAAAAUAGUCUGUUGGCUGGCAAAUAUUAUUUUUAUGCCAAAGAUUUUCACAAGGCUUUAAAACAUUUAUUAAAAGCUGCACAAUUGAGUACUGAUGAUGAUGCUGCUCUUUCAUUGGCUAUCGAUACUAUCGCUGUAUCAAAAGACGAUAAACUUGCUAAUCAAUUAAUUGAUUUUCUACUCGGGGGUGACGGUUUACCAAAGGAUCCAAAAUAUUUAUUUCGUUUGUAUAUGGCACGAAAACAAUACAAAGAAGCUGCAAAGACAGCGAUAAUAAUUGCAAAUGAAGAACAAAUAAAUGGAAAUUAUCGUAAUGCCCAUGAUGUUUUAUUUGGAAUGUAUCAAGAACUAAAACGCAACAAGAUUACAAUACCAUUAGAGAUGAAUGAUAAUUUACGUCUUUUGCAUUCAUAUAUUUUAGUUAGAUUGCAUGUUAAAAGAAACGAUCAUUUACGUGGUGCGAGAAUGUUGAUUAGAGUAGCCAAUAAUAUAUCUAAAUUUCCAUCACAUAUCGUACCGAUUUUAACGUCAACUGUCAUUGAGUGUCAUCGUGCAGGAUUAAAAUACGCGGCUUUUAAUUAUGCAGCCAUGCUCAUGCGUCCUGAAUAUCGCAUGCAAGUAGAUAUUAAAUACAGUAAAAAAAUAGAAGCCAUUGUACGUAAACCACCGAAAUCUAAAGAUCAUGAAAGUGAAGAUGAACCAUUAACUCCAUGUCCUUACUGUAAAAAUCGAAUACCAGAAACGGAAAUAACUUGUGAUAAAUGUAAAAAUACCAUUCCAUUUUGUAUAGCAACAGGUCGUCAUAUAAUUGAAAAUGAUUUUAUAGCAUGUCCACAAUGUGAUUUUCCAUCUAUAAAAAGUGAAUUUUUAAGAAUUAUUGAAACUGACGAAUUAUGUCCGAUGUGUAAUGAAAAAGUUGACUUAAAAAUGAUACCACAAAAUAUAAGUAUCCGUCCAUAUCUUGACAUUCAAGAUGAAAAAAAUUAACCAAACGUAUUGUAUAAGCCUUGAGUUUCUGUUUUAAAAAUCUUAAUACGCAAAUGAAACUCUAAACAUUUUAGUGAUAAUAUAAACAAUCCGUCCAUAAAUAAUCUUAAGAAAAGCCUUAAUUAUUAUUUUAAGUAAUGAAAUUAUACUCACGUGAGUAUACACUUAAUUAUACACACAUUAGAAUACAAUAUUGUAUAUAAAAUAUUUUGCAACACGAUAAAAAAAAAAAGUUAGUGUUACAUUCAAAGACUUAAAUCUACUUAAUUUUUUUUUUUACUUUUUUUUAGUAAAGAAAUUUUUUUUUCUUUUUUUAAAUAUAAGCCAUAAUUUAUUUUGAAUAUGGAGGCCAUUGAAUUUUUAACAGUACAAUGCACUUAAAGUACAAUCAAUCAAGUUAUUAAUUAAUAAAUUUUGGCCAUUCUAAUUAAUUUAAAUAUUA